UUAUCUUUAAUUUCAGGUCCAAAAUUCUGGGAGAAAUUUAUCCACGUUUUUCCAUUUAUCCAAAUGUCUCUAGGCAAGUCGGAGGAGGAGUUAUUGAAACCAGUUGAAACUCCGAGUCCUGUCAAAUAUGUCCUAUGUUCAACAGGGCAAUCACCGCCAGCAAAUGCUGUUCAAGGUGGAUAUGAUAACGGACCAUCUUACCACGGGAGAGGAAUUGUUUCUGGGAAAAAUAUUCCAGGCAAGGUCGGAGUAGAUUCGCCUAGAAAUGGCGGUUUGAAAGGGGCGUGCAUUCCUUACGGAUCAAAAGAGCACCGCGUCCACACAUUCGAGGUGCUCACAUCAACAUUGAAAACAUCCUAUGUGAGAUGCAAAACUGGUGACAAGCCACCAAAAAAUGCUAUGGAAGGAGGCUACGAUGGAGGUCCUUCAUACCAUGCAAGGGGCGUAGUUGCAGGAAAGAUGAUUCCUGGAAAAGUUGGAGUGGAUAAGAAAUACGAUGGGAAUCUUAAGGGAGCAUGCAUCCCCUACGGUAGCAAGGAGCACCGCAUUCACGAUUUUGAAGUUCUUGUUUUAAAUGAUGAUGAGAUAAUAAAUGAUGAUGAGAUAAUCCGUGUCGAAUACAAAGUUGACGAAGCAAAAAUGCUUUCUACGACUCCGAAGGUAAUCGCAAAACAGACAAAUCAUAACGCCAGUACUAUCAACCAGAGUAUGGAAUUCUGGUUUGAUGAGACAAUUACCAAAAGUUUUUCAUUUUCGCAUCAAGCUGGGGCAACAAUUUCCGUUGGAACAAAAUUUAAAUGUGGCAUUCCAAUGGUGGGCGAAGGAGAAGCGAAUGUCGUUGUGACCGGUUCUUACUCCCACAGUUGGGGAACAUCCGGUUCAAAUGCCAAAAAGUAUUAUGCUAAGUUUCCUGUUAUGGCAGGACCUCAUUCCACAGUUGUUUGUAACGCAGUGGUGAACGAGACCAAGAUGGAUGUUCCUUAUACAAUCUACUUCAAAUCUGGGAAGACGUCAAGCGGACUAUGGAAAGGAUUUUCUACAUGGGGCUUGAAAGCAACUUACGAAGAGACCAAGGACUAAAGCAUGGCUUUUAAAAUCACUUAACAAAUUUAAACGGUCUAAACUAGAAACAGCGUAAAAGCAAGACAAUAUAUCUAGUUUGACUGCAUCUAUGUAGUAGCUAUUUAGUGGGUAUCACUUGCAAC